AUGCAAGCCUCGCCAACUGACAUCAGCUCGAGCUUACCUUCGCCCUCCACCAAGCUCUGCUCCCAACCAUUGAAACCUCGUCCCUCCAUCCCCGUCCCUAUUCCUCACAGACACUGCGCCAUUGCUGGCUGCGAAGUGGGUGAGGUCAUGUUACGGAUCUUGCGGCACGACCUCUCAGUUCGACCCCAUCCCACCGCCCCAUCCCACCACGGACCCGUCGACCUCGACUACAUAUACAAUGCCGCGAACGGUGAAACACCACACGGCCUCCUGCCCUCGAGUACGACUUGCUAG